GCAUCCGAUGCAAAACACCAUCCAUCGUCGUUUAAGUUUCUUGUCCUUGUCGUUUGGCCUUACGCACUCAUUCGAUCAUGUCCGGAAUGUACGGUCACAGCCGUGAAGCAGUGCGAGUGAAAGUGAAGAAAUGCGAAAAGAAUAUCCCAUCGGAAACGAGGAAAUUUAGCGUCGAUCCUCAAAUUACCAAUCUCGAGGUACUCUACUCGUUGCUCGCAAAAGCGUUCGAUUUGAAGACCGAUUUUGGUAUCAGCUACAAGGUGAUUGAGGCAAAUGGUCAGGAAAGCUAUCUCGUCGUACUGUCCGACUGGGAUCUGGAGGCUGCCUUCUUGCGUGCCCAUAAUCAAUCGAUCGCAAGCAAGAGUGAACCCUGCCUGAACCUUCGCGUCGACAUCAAACCGUUCUCCGAAGCAUCAGAAUGGGACGGAAAUGGCACAGCCACCUCUACGAACAUUCCGCGCGAGCUGGUAUCGUUACAGCAGUCGAUCGGUGCCGGACAGAAAUACGUGCAGAACAAGCUGCCCGGGCUGAUCAUGAACCAAAUGGAGAAAACCUUCUCGAUGGUGCAACGGGCGUUCAACCUGGUCGAGGACCCACUCCUAACACAGCCAAUAAGGCCGCCCCUAGCGGAUGCAGAAUUCCGCAAGCUGCAAGAUUCUGUUGGCCAAAUUUUGGCACCCGAACAGCUUCGCAAAGUGAUCUAUCUGGGUGGAAUUGACCCAAGCCUGAGACGUGUUGUGUGGAAGCACAUACUAAACGUCUACCCCGAUGGCAUGACGGGCAGGGAACGGAUGGAGUACAUGAAAAGGAAGUCGGCUGAAUAUUUUCGAUUGCGUGACGUUUGGCGAAGCACGAUGCAGCGAGGCAACAUCGUUGGUGAGCUGGCGUACGUGACCAGUAUGGUGCGGAAGGAUGUUCUUCGUACCGAUCGGUUGCAUCCAUUCUAUGCGGGCAGUGACGACAACCAGAAUAUUGCCGCACUCUUCAACGUACUCACGACGUACGCACUGAAUCAUCCCGCCGUCAGCUACUGUCAAGGCAUGUCGGAUAUUGCCUCACCGUUGCUGGUUACCAUGGGCGACGAAGCGCAAGCAUACAUCUGCUUCUGUGCCAUUAUGGAACGGUUGAGUUGCAACUUUAUGCUGGAUGGCAUAGCUAUGACGCUCAAAUUUGCUCAUCUGUCCGAGGCGCUGCAGUACUAUGAUCCGGACUUUUUCGCCUACCUUAAGCACCACCAGGCAGACGAUCUGCUGUUCUGUUACCGCUGGUUGCUGCUCGAAAUGAAGCGUGAGUUUGCGUUCGAUGAUGCGCUGCGUAUGUUGGAAGUGCUCUGGAGCUCGCUACCACCGAUGGCACCGAAGGGUGAGUUGGCAUUGUACGAACGGGAAUACGAACCACCGCCGCCCGACGAAAGCAUCCAUCCCCCACCUAGCCAAAGCCCUUCAGUAAUGUUGCGAACACCGCGGGAAAAUCCGUACACGAAAGUGUGCGCCCUUCGGCGGCAAAGUUCCGCCCUGUCGCUUAGCUCAUCGUGUUGCACCUCUACGAAUCCGCCAGCGAAUCCGUCGAGUCGGUACGAACGAUACGGUGGCGUAGGCGUUGGUGGGCGUUUAGAUGCGUCACGGCGACUCAACCUUAGCUUGGAUGAGAACAUAACGCGCGAAAACAUUUACUCAACAAAGGUGGGGCACGUGCAGAAGGUCCACCAAAGUCUGGACGAGGCGAAGAUCGCACUGGUAAAGCAAAGAAAGAUCGUACGAAGUGUGGGGGAUGACGAUAACAUACAGGAAGGGUUCGAGGUAGGACAGUCAACGGGCCAGGGUGAGGAUGACAAUGCAACUGAUGUGGAUGAUAGUGUAUUCCAUUCGCCGCAGCAUCAAAUCACCACAAUGUGUAACAGCAAAACAAAUCCUUUCAUCGACGGAUCAAUGGAAAGUGUUUCGACGCAAGAGCAGCUGGCCGGAGAUAGUGUAACGAGAGCACCCUCCGAUGGGGCAACAGAUUUGAAACCCGAAUUGACAACUCCAGGCACGAACAGUAGUAGUGCGGCUAGCAGUGUGCGAAACUCGCCCGUGAUAGGGCGUAGUCGAAGCCUUUUCUCGACAUCGGCGGCAACGGGGAAAAUGAUCGCCAGGCAGCUAAGCAACCAAAAGAAACAUUUCACUUCUACCGGCAGUGCGACGGGCACGGGUGGAACGACCGGGGUGGGACAUUUUCACGACCUGAAGGAAAAGCUUGUGGCCAGCAGGAAAGGAAUAUUUGCUUCGCUGGAUAAAACGCAUAGCGUUGAUGGUGGAAAUACGAUCGAUGGCACGGCUCGUUCUAACAGUCAAAUAGAAAAAACAAAACCGAAGCUGGUAAAAAAUUUCAACGAGUUUCUUAACUUUGCCGCCAUGAACAAGAGUCGCAUUAGCGAUCGGCUGGUGACCAAAAAGAUGCUCACGAACGCUAGUGCAGCGACCAACGCCAACAACAGCUGUUCAAUAGACUCCACCACAAGCAGCUACACGACGACCACGACCGGUGGUAUUGGGGGUGAAGUAUCACGGGACGAUUCGACGGAUACGAUCGAGUACAACGAGCUAAAACCGAAACCGGUCAUCAAGCUGACGAAAUCAUCGUUCGACGAUUCCGAUUCUUCCGCUACAAGUGUCGGCAUGGGAAUGGAUUCGAUGGCAACAACGACGGCACUAUCGCGAUCUAGCGACAACAGUAGUUUUAUCGUUGAUGAUAGUUCCGCUUCCGUAUCACCUAUUCACAUUAGACGCGAGGAAUCGGCUACAAAUGAUGAAAGAGAAGCGAGAACAAAUAUCCACCGACCGGUGGAUUUAUUUGUGAGUGGAAAUUCUACUGUAGCUGCAACGGUCGGAGAGGGAAGUAGUCCAGACGAUUCGCAGGAAUACUUCCCGAUGACAACUUCCAUGACGAGGGAAUUGCGUCUCGAGCUGGAAAACCUAGACCGCCACGUAUUCGGUAACGAUUUUCACAGCAAACAGCAACGGUUCUAUACGCUUAGUAGUUGCAUGGAUCUGGAAACGCCACCGGAGAGCGGUGAAUCAAUGGCACCGACACAGGAUCGACGUGUUCCGCUUGCCGUGACAGCGUCGACGGCCUCAACUACCACCAUAGCGUACAGCAAGCUCGACAAUAAUGGUAGCCUACCGCGAACGUUUGAUACGGCAAUGGAAAUUGAAUCAAUUGAUGAAAUCUGUGAUCGUUCUCCGCUCGGACAGGGAGUUGAGGAGCCAACGGGAGACGUAGUACGUUACCGGGAGAAACCGGGACGGCGCCGAAUCGGAACGGGCGGUGCAACGGGAAGCAUCGUGAGUGAGCAUCGUGAUAGCAAACGCAUCAGCACGUCCAGUGCGAACGUGAGCAGCGAUGUGUUUGUGUGGGAAAACCCGCUCCAUCACGAGUGUGGUGAUGAGGAUGCGAUAAGUCCGGUAUCGGGUGGUAUGGUUACUGGUGAGGUGACCCAGAUACAGCAGCGCACAGCAACCACGCCCGAUGAACAUCCGGAGCUGGAGUACGACGGGGAAAUUAUCGAAGAGACAACACUCGGCAAAAAAUCCGUCACUCCGAUACGGUUGGUGCGAAAAAAUGGUGAACGUUCUGUGCCUGGUUCGGCGCGGAAUUCCAUGAUCUUGCCCGAUUCCUCUGACUCGUCGGAUGAUUCGCCACUGUCGCGCUCACCGGCAGCUGUGAAGUUUAAAUUUCACCCAAACAAUCCUUUCUUCGAUGCUGCGUCGAAUGCGAUCGAUAACCGACCAUCGACCCUGCUACACAUGACGGUGGAUGAUGGCGACGGCGAAAUGCUGGAAGAGGGCACGGAAGCGUCCGUUGUUACUGGUGUUUCGGCAGGAACGCUACACACGGUGAGCACUACUGGUCAACAGGAAGGCAUGAUACCGUCGGAAGUAUUAGCUUCGCCAACCAUUAUCUCCUCACUUCCACUGGAACCGAGUGGGGUCGAUGUGAACUUUGGUGAGGUUGGAACAACCGCUGUUACUGUGCCGUUGACCACAGCCAGCAUAGUCACCAGCACCAUUCCCAGUAUGAAGGUCGCCGGAGUGCUCCCGCCGCCCCAGGAGUUCGGUGGUGGCAAUCCCUUCCUAAUGUUUCUCUGCCUAACGAUUCUGCUGCAGCACCGUGACUACAUCAUGAAGACGGGCAUGGAUUACAACGAGAUGGCAAUGCAUUUCGAUAAGAUGGUGCGCAAACACAACGUGACACGGGUGCUCAAUCAAGCCCGGCAAAUGUAUGCCGAGUACAGGCGGAUGUACCAGCAGCAACUGAUGGCGAGUGGGGGCGGUGGCAGCAGUAAGGGCAGUUUGCCAGGUUCUGUAUCGAUGAUGGCCAACAGUUACCAUGGGAGCAUGAGUCUCGGCAGUGGUACCACCGCGGAUAUGCUGGCACGGAAAUCAUCCGCACCGGAGGUUAGUUCAGCGCGAAGAAAUACCGGCGGUGAUUUAACACUCGUGACGUAGAUUGGUCACGCGUGGAGCAGGUAAUUUUGUUUAUUUGUGUUCUUUUCUACAUAUACCUCUGAGUUUGUAAGCGAAAAUUGAUAAGACUUGUGCAAGACUAUUUACAGUGAGAUUUCAUUUUUAAGCUCAGGAAAAAACUAGGUUGGUCUGUGGGUUCCUUUUAUUGGGUCGUUCGAUACGAACACCGCCUAGCAUGGACGAUUUCAGUUGAUCUCUGUAUAGGUAGACAGUUGUCUAAAUGUGAGCAAUAGGUCACCAAAUUCACAGGUGUUCACACAGGGAUGCUGGCAUUUAAACCAGUUUUAUUUCUAACUUACACUGUCAGCCAAUCGACUUCUCCUACAGUACUUUUAAAUUGUCAUUUUCAUUAUUUUUUUAGUGAAGUUAUGUUGGGAAGCGUUACAUUUAGCCGCAAAGAGAUAAAUAUCGUGAUAUUUUAAUUAGAGAUACGCCUAUCAAAUGACGAUUGCCGAGACGUGGAGUGUUUUUAACCUAUUAAGUUUCCAGUAUACAAGACGGCAAAAUCAGAAACCGCAUGACUCGAACAGGUCAUUUUCCUAGUACAGGCACUUUUGAGACAGCUUAAACAUUUCUCGCAACAACAAAAAAAGAAAUGGCACGGCCGCUUUAGUAACGAGCAACGUCACAUAAUAAUUAGUAAAUAAUCAACAUUUCAAUUAUAAAAUGCCCGGUAUAUAUACUAUAAAAAGCACCUCCGUCACAGCUGAGAACGCUACAUUACACUCGCUACUACAUCCACCGAAUAUUGCAUCUGAAAGCAUAGAUUUAACGGAAAAGCAACUUGAAAGUAAAGCAUAACAAAGCAAGCAAAAGACGCAACCGAAAAAAGCAAAUAAUAAGGACUGCAUUCGCAGCAAAGUGCUAUUUACAGUGAGUAGAAUCUAAAUACGGAAAAGGAAAAUGCUAAAAGAUAUUAUGCACCCAGGAAAGCAGACACCCAAGCCUAUUGCAGCCUGUAGAUAUAGAUAGAACUCAUCCAAUUAUAGCGACUAAAACACACCCGUUUCGUUCGUGUGCUGGUAUGGUAAACGAUGGAAUAGGAAUGUAACACUUGUUGGAUCUUGGAUGGGAAACCCUCAAUAUUUGCAACAAUGAAGCGAUAGCGGAGAGGGAUUCGUGAAUGACCGUUUGUUUUCCAAAUAAUUUCAUUUUAAAUUAGUGUUUUUCAAGGUUUGUUCAACUAAAACACCCUACGGUUUUAUCGAAAACACAUGAUUUGCUUUAUUCACACCAAAUUCAUCACACUGAGCAGCAAAUCUACAAGUGUUGUGCUUUCUGAAUAUUUUGCAAAGUAUUGUUAUGAAACUUUACUGAUUCGACUCUUAGAAUAUUAAAAAAGUAUUAUUACCGAAUCCUCACAGAUUCAUGAACCAUCAAAGAUUGACGAAUCCUUCAUCAAAAAUCCAUGAUACUCCGAAAAUUCGCUCGCUUAUUAAAUUUAUGAAACAAUAAUUUCUGUUUGAUGCAUUUGAUUACAUACACCAAUUGAAAAGAUUUUGUUUUACUAACCAUUAGUAUUGUGGGUAAUAGCAAUACAGCCUGACCGUUGCUUUUGAAUGAAUGCAACUUUAGAAAGGAGUCAGGAAUCAACUCUCAAAGAUCCAUGAAUCAUAGCGGAGCAUGCCCCUUGGAGAUCGAAAGAUAAUCCUAAAUCUAAUUAGAGAUUCUGAUUCAUUCCUUCAGUUUAAAUAUCUAUUAAAAAUCAUGAAUCUAAAUAAGCCUCACCCAACAUUAUGCGUUGAUAGGGCUUAAUCAAUCAUAAGUGUUUGAGGAUUCAUGAAUCUUCAGGAUAGAAAUUCAGGCCCAUUCGGUUAAAAGAUUUAUUCAAAGUUAUGCAUCUGGAUCAGACUAAAAUCUCCUAAAAGAGGAGAAAAAAAUGCCAACGUCACUUUUACCUUCGCUGUUGCAUGUGUAUUACGAGUCCUUUGUUUAGUGCACGUGUUAACGUGCAGGGCUUUAACAAUGGGAUAUUACUGGAUCCAAAUCUCGACUAGACCGCCGUGUGUAGGGUACGUUAGCACAGCACCCAAUCCCCGUAAAAGGAUUCGUUCAAUCACAGAUUACAGAUAGCAAAGCCAGUCGGACAAUGAUUCAAGAUCUCUCCCAAAAUGCCUAUCCUUCCCAUUUCUCAAAAUAGACCGAUCAUAGGCGCCUAUGCUGAAGCCUCCCAAUAGGUAGAAGAAUACAAAAGAAUGUAUUAUGUAUGUGUAUGUAUGUAUGUAUCUUUUUUAUCUGUGGAGUAGCCCGGUGGCAUGAUGGCAGCGGCGAUCUUCACACGAACGGACCGAACCAAAAUCCCAUCCGGAUCAAUCCCCCGUAGCAAGGACAGAGAGAAAGAAAGAGUAUGUAUCUUUUACCCAGAUUUUUCUGUGUAUGUGUGAUAGAGAUGAAAAGGCUAGGAAAACGAAAGAGAUAAAAAAAUAGAUAAGAGGAGAAAACCAUUCCAUACUUGUUUGUUGGCUAGUUGUUGGACUUAGUGUAGGGAGAGAACAAUCGAUUGUUCGUGUGUCGGUUCGGAAUACUGUUGAAGGGCCCAAAAUAAUUACAACACCAUGUUAACUGUAUUGGUAGGAAAUGACACGACAGAGUGUUUGCAUUGUUGCAGAAAUGUGUUACUUAGCUUUUGAUUUCCUUUCCCGGCACUCAUGCGUAUAAGGUCACUACCAUUCGAAUGCAUAAUUUAGCGGGCUGUCUGAUGUGUGUGUGCGUUUAGUGGUCAACAGCUGCUUUUACUACACAUUCGCCGUUUUCAAACGUUAAUAAUGACUUUGACACGUGCACAAAAAUCGCCUAUCACUAUUUUAUUAUAUCGAUCGAUUUUGCAAACAAUCGACGCGUAAGUAUGUAUAACGAUAUGUAUUGCGUUUAGAAGUAUAAACAGAAGAAGUAAAACUCACGUAUUAAACGUAAAAUGUCGUUCUUUUCGUGCUCAAAAUGACAGAAGGUACACUAACAAAAUAUGGUCGCAAUGAUGGCGGCGAGAAAGAUGUUAGGAGGGCACGCGUGUCUUACUUUUUUUAACUGACAUUUAAAUGCCUGACGAGGGAGGAAAUCGAUACAAUUUGGAUUCCAAAUACAUUUCGUGGCGGAAAGGAAGAAAAUAACGUAAUUAAAGACAAAACAAAAGUAUUAAGCAACAGGACCCAGGCAUUAAGGGCAAACAACAGACAUCAAUUUCUCCCAUAAUACCGUAAAAG